CGCCCCUUCCGCCGCGGCCUGCGGGAACGGCGCGUGAGAGCGAGCGGGGAGCGCGGCUGUAACGGGGCAGCUGAUUGGUGGGACUGGCACAAGCAGGAGGGAGCUGAUUGGCAGGGCGGGUCCUGGUCCUUCCUGUGCUGCCCACGUGUUUGUGCCCGGGUGCCAGGGCGGGGCCAGGGCAGGGCCUCGGCGGUGCUGGCAGCAGGACAGGACAGUGCAGGCAGCGAUGGGCGCUGGGACGGAGACGGCAGAGGCGCGUUGUGACCCGUCUGAGGGGAGGGUGUACCUGGACCACAACGCCACCACCCCGCUGGCCCCCGAGGCAGCCCAGGCCGUGCAGGAUGCCCUGAGCCAAGCUUGGGGCAACCCCAGCAGCGCUCACCCUGCAGGCAGGAAGGCCAAGGAGCUGAUCGGCAGAGCCAGGGAGAGCCUGGCACAGAUGGUGGGGGCCCGGCCUGAGGACAUCGUGUUCACCUCAGGGGGCACAGAGGCCAACAACAUGGUGAUCCACACCGCCCGCAGGCACUUCCUCGAGAGCCAGACCAGGGACAAUCCAGGGACACCACACAUCGUGACAUCCAGCGUGGAGCACGACUCCAUCCGCCUGCCCCUGGAGCAGCUGGGCAGGGACAGCCUGGCAGAAGCCACCUUUGUGCCCGUGUCCCCGCAGAGCGGGCGGGCCGAGGUGGACGAUGUCCUCGCUGCCAUCCGGCCCAACACCUGCCUGGUGUCCCUCAUGUUGGCCAACAACGAGACCGGCGUCAUCAUGCCCGUGGCGGAGCUGACCCAGCGCGUCAGAGCCCUCAACCAGCGCAGGGCGGGGCAGGGGCUGCCCCAGGUCCUGCUGCACACGGACGCGGCCCAGAUGAUCGGCAAGGGGCGUGUGGACGUGCAGGAGCUGGGCGUGGACUAUCUCACCAUCGUGGGGCACAAGUUCUAUGGCCCCCGCAUCGGUGCCCUGUACGUGCGUGGCCCCGGCAGCACGACCCCCCUGCACCCCCUGCUCUUCGGGGGGGGACAGGAGAGGAGCUUCCGCCCAGGCACCGAGAACACCCCGAUGAUCGCUGGCCUGGGCCAGGCUGCAGAGUUGGUGAGCAAGAACUGGGAGGCCUACGAGGCUCAUAUGCGGGAUGUCCGGGAUUACCUGGAGGCCAGGCUGGAGGCUGCCUUUGGGAAGGAGAGGAUCCACUUCAACAGUCGCUUUAAGGGCUCCAAGCGACUCUGCAACACCUCUAACUUCUCCAUCCUGGGACCAGGCCUCCAAGGGCACAGGGUGCUGGCUCACUGCAAGGUGCUGCUGGCCAGCGUGGGGGCCGCCUGCCACUCGGACAAGGGGGAGCGGCCCUCCCCGAUCCUGCUGGGCUGUGGGAUCCCCCCGGCCGUGGCCCAGAACGCCCUGCGGCUCAGCGUGGGCCGACACACCUCGCGGGCAGAAGUGGACCUGGCGGUGCAGGACCUGCUGCAGGCGGUGGCACAGCUGGAGCAGCACCACGCUCCGUAGCCCUGGGCGCCCUCCCGGCCAUCACCCAGGUCCUGGGGGGGGACUGUGCCCUGCUUGGCUCCUGGGUGCCUCUGCCAGUCUGCACUCAGGGAGCCCGAGGGGGCAGGGAGGGUGUGAGGAGGGGGCUUUGCUGCUCUGGGGCAGCUCAGGAGCUUGGCCAGGACUCAUCCCCACUGCCCAGGGGAGGCUCCUGGGGAGUGUUGCUGCCGAGUGCUCCUCGCUGCCAGCAGGUCCCCAGCUGGCUGCAGGCACAGCACGUGUUGGCAGGAGUGAGGCACAGUCACGAGCUCGGCUCCCUGCGGAGUGGGACAGGCACGGCAGCCCCGGGAGCUGGAGCCUUUUGCCCUGGUUACUUUCCAUAAAGGAAGCUUUCCUGCUGUCUGAGCAGUCAGAGGAAGAAAGACCAUCUGCCCCAGAGAGAAAUCAGCUGAUAGAAGCACAGCAAGAUUCUGGGCUGGGAACUGCCCUGCCCUGAGCUACCAGAGGGAUUUUUGGCUGGGCACGGCUUUCCCAGCACCACAUUGCUUUACCUGCUCCCCUCUCUCCUGUCCUUCCUGCAGUGGGCACAACUCCUCCUGCCAGCUCCUCCUGCUCCUCAAGGAAACAGUGGUCGUGGCAGCUGUCCCUGUGCCA